GCCCACCGCCUGCCUCCCUAGGAAUGUGGAAUGCACCUGAACUGGAUCCUGCACGAGGAAGAAUGACUGAUCAAAGUCGCCAAGCCACCUGUACCGGGACAAGUCCGAGAGAACAAUCUUUACCCAUUCAUUCUAAUAAUCUUUGUCAGCUGGAGCGCAGUUUCACUACAAGCGACUCGAACAACGAUGGAUUGCUGCCUGCCUGCUGACAAAGUGGAGAGUCUCAAGAUACACAAAGAAAUAGAGAAACAACUUCGUCGUGAUAAAAGAGUGUCCCGCCGGGAGUUGAAGUUGCUGCUUCUAGGGACUGGUGAAAGUGGGAAGAGCACUUUCAUCAAACAGAUGAGGAUCAUCCAUGGCAGUGGUUACAGUGAAGAUGACAGGAAAGGUUUCACUCGGCUCGUGUUUCAGAACAUCGUCACAGCCAUCCAGUCGCUGAUCCACGCCAUGGCGACUCUACGGAUUGACUACAUCGAUGACCAGAACAUUAGUCACGCACAGAAGCUGAGCCAAAUAGCGGCAGACCAGGUGUCCACUUUGGAGGCUUGGCAGGUUGACGCCAUUAUGCGAGUGUGGAAUGACCAUGGUGUUCAAAGGUGCUACGACCGCAGGAGGGAAUUCCAGUUAUCGGACUCUGCCAAAUAUUACCUGAGUGACUUGGACAGAAUCUCAGCCCAGUCAUACAUCCCCACCCUGCAGGACAUCUUGAGGGUCAGGGUCCCCACCACAGGCAUCAUAGAGUACCCCUUUGACUUGUCAAAAGUUAUCUUCAGGAUGGUGGAUGUGGGCGGUCAGCGUUCAGAGAGGAGGAAAUGGAUCCACUGUUUUGAGAAUGUCACUUCCAUAAUAUUUCUAGCGGCCCUCAGCGAGUAUGAUCAAGUCCUUUACGAGAAUGAGCAAGAUAAUCGCCUGCGAGAGAGCGUUGCCUUGUUCAAGACCAUCAUCUCAUACUCUUGGUUCCAGGAGUCCUCCAUCAUCCUCUUUUUGAACAAAACGGACUUGCUAGAGGAGAAAAUCACACAUUCACAUUUUGCAACCUACUUCCCGGCCUUUACUGGGCCUAAGUGUGAUGCUGAAUCUGUGAAAAAGUUUAUCAAACAAAUGUACAUGGACGAGCACCGAGGCCAUCCUAAAUCCUUUUAUUCACACUACACCUGUGCCACGGACACAGGGAACAUCCGGGUUGUCUUCAAAGCCGUUGAAGAUACAAUCCGCCAAGAGAACUUUGACCUGUUCAACCUCCAAUAAGGAGGUUGUAGGACAAAGUGAUGGCUUCACCUUAAGGAGCCGGGUUAUACAGUGACAUGUAACUGUUAUGGACAUUUUAUCUGUUGUGCUGUCGGUUGCAGCUUGUUCAAAGACAUCAAAGGGAGGCAAUCAGACAGCAAUGACAGGUAAGAGAUAUUUAUCAUUGCAAUGUAAAAUACAGGUAGUAUGUGCCAUUUAUUAAUAUAAAUGGU